CUGCCGCUUGACGCACUCUGGAGAGUUGACAAGUAGACAAGUAGGGGCCCCCUUAUCACUCAUGCGAGGUGUGGUUUUCGGUUUACAAAAUUCUGUUCGAGUUAAAACCGCUUUUUCUAAUUGUUAAGAAACCUAGAUACAAUGGCCGGACGCCUUCCUGCGUGUGUUAUUGAUGUUGGGACCGGGUACACAAAGCUUGGCUUUGCGGCUAACAAGGAACCUCAAUUCAUCAUACCAUCUGCAAUCGCAAUUAAAGAAACUGCUAAAGUUGGGGACAACUCAGCUAGGCGUGUGACCAAAGGGGUUGAGGAUUUGGAUUUUUACAUCGGAGAUGAAGCUUUCGAUGCUACAGGAUAUGCUGUCAAAUACCCAGUCAGACAUGGCCUGGUGGAAGAUUGGGACUUAAUGGAGAGAUUCCUGGAACAGUGUAUCUUCAAAUAUCUAAGAGCUGAGCCAGAAGAUCAUUAUUUUCUGCUGACUGAACCGCCGCUCAAUACACCUGAGAACAGGGAAUACACAGCUGAAAUAAUGUUUGAAUCAUUCAAUGUACCUGGUUUAUAUAUCGCAGUGCAAGCCGUUUUAGCCUUGGCUGCCUCAUGGGCUUCUAGGAAUAUUGAGGACAGAAUAUUAACAGGGAUUGUUGUAGAUAGUGGGGAUGGUGUCACUCACGUUAUUCCUGUGGCAGAAGGAUAUGUGAUCGGGAGUUGCAUCAAACACAUUCCUAUCGCUGGGCGAAAUAUCACUUAUUUUAUCCAGAGUCUUUUAAGGGAACGUGAGAUCGGAAUACCACCAGAACAGUCUUUGGAAACUGCCAAGGCCAUAAAAGAGCGAUUUUGCUACAUCUGUCCCGAUAUUGCUAAAGAAUUUGCAAAGUACGACAGCGAUCCUACCAAGUGGCUCAAACGAUUCGAAGGGAUAAACAGCAUUACAAAACAGGCUUUUGGAGUUGAUAUUGGAUAUGAAAGAUUUUUAGGACCAGAAAUAUUUUUUCAUCCAGAGUUUUCUAACCCAGAUUUCACAACGCCAUUGAGCGAAAUUGUGGACAAUGUGAUUCAAAACUGUCCCAUUGACGUGAGACGACCAUUAUAUCAUAAUAUCGUUCUUUCGGGAGGCUCAACUAUGUUCAGAGACUUUGGAAGACGCCUACAGCGCGAUAUAAAAAGAACUGUAGAUGCCAGACUGAGAGUUAGUGAAACUCUCAGUGGUGGACAUAUUAAGCCAAAGCCAAUAGAUGUUAACGUGAUAUCGCAUCACAUGCAACGUUGUGCCGUCUGGUUUGGGGGAUCCAUGUUAGCAAGUACUCCAGAGUUUUAUCAAGUUUGUCAUACGAAAGCAGAUUAUCAAGAAUACGGGCCAGGAAUUUGUCGUCACAAUCCAGUAUUUGGUGCUAUGACAUAAUUGGACCAGGAUUAGCGAGGUAAUGUGAUAAUUAAUAACCGUCGGUUGAAAUAUGAGAAAACAGAGAACUUAAUUGGUUCCUGUUUGUAUCAUUUUUACAAAUCUGAUGACGGUAUAAGAGUUUAUCCCAGGUUAGAUUAUUGACAUUGAACUGUAACUAAAACUCUGCUCAUUCAUCUCGAUUCCCAAUGUAUUUCAACCUUACCUUGGUUUUAAUAAUUCAUGAAUGAAAUCCAGACAGAGAUUUCGAAUAUGUACCCUCCAUUGAAACACUACGUGUAAUUCAGUGAGGUAGGUUAUUUCUUCCGAUAUAUUUUAAAGUAAAACAUGCUGAUAUCAAUCGUAUAGGUAUGUAAAUGGCAUGUCAUUAAAGUUUUCAUAACAGUUGAAAUUAUUAAUUAAAUAUGUACACAGAACUAAGGAAAGAAUGCAGAAUAAUUGUAUAGAGAAUUCACAUACAGAAAGGUAUGUUGAAAAAUAUUAAUAAAAAAUCUUUUUCAAUUA